GGGUCCUACACCGCGCAUAUCUGUUCUAAGCCACACAGCAGAUCAUUCAAACCCAAAGCGAGUCCAGGAAACCUCAAGUGAAAGGUCUGCUCCAUAGACUUCCUGGUGCAGCGACCGUUGACCGGAGCAAACCGGACCAAAAAAGCCUUUUUAAGCAACGGUCAGCUCCUUCUCCCACCCCCCCUUCCCCUGCCGUGAUUGCUUCUGCAAGUUCGGAGCGGGAGAGUUAGAACCUGUUUGUUCAUGGGAAAUUUCUGUAGUUUCUCUGUUAAAAAUAGAAGCUUGAGCCCACAGAACACCGGCUCAGUGCUGUCGUCCAGAGGAAUUAGCAGCACAACCACCACUGGGAAGUUUUCAACGUCCACCAUCAGUGCAUUUGGGCAAUCCACAAGUAGCGGAGCGAGCGUUGAUGAGCCAUUUCCUGAUGGGAAGAUUUUGGAAUCUCCGAAUCUUCAUAUUUUUACAUUUGCAGAGCUAAGGAGUGCGACAAAAAAUUUUAGGCCUGAGACUCUUCUUGGCGAAGGAGGAUUUGGAAAGGUUUUCAAGGGAUGGGUUGAUGAGAAAACUUUGAGUCCCGCAAAAAGUGGGCUUGGAAUGGUGAUUGCGGUGAAGAAACUCAACUCUGAGAGCAUGCAAGGUUUUGAAGAAUGGCAGUCCGAGGUUAAUUUUCUGGGAAGGCUUUUUCAUCCUAAUCUUGUCAGACUGUUGGGGUACUGCUGGGAGGACAGGGAGCUUCUUCUUGUCUAUGAGUUCAUGCCAAAAGGAAGCUUGGAAAACCAUCUUUUCAGAAGAGGGGUGGCUUUCGAUCCUCUUUCAUGGAACCUCAGGUUAAAGAUAGCCAUUGGCGCUGCUCGAGGCCUCGCUUUUUUACAUUCCUCAGAGAAACAAAUUAUCUAUCGUGAUUUCAAGGCCUCCAAUAUCCUUCUUGACUCGAAUUACAAUGCAAAACUUUCAGACUUUGGUCUUGCUAAGAAUGGGCCAAUAGGUAGUGAGUCUCAUGUCACUACCAGGGUGAUAGGCACAUAUGGCUAUGUAGCUCCUGAGUAUGCUGCAACAGGUCAUUUGUAUGUUAAGAGCGAUGUGUACGGAUUCGGAGUUGUCUUGUUGGAGAUGCUCUCUGGUCAGCGAGCACUUGAUCCUAACCGUCCAAACGGGCAGCACAAUCUGGUAGAUUGGGCAAAGCCAUACUUGGCUGACAGAAGGAAGCUAUCAAGAAUCAUGGAUCCCAGGUUCAACGGGAAGUACUCAUCAAAAGGAGCUCUUCAAGCAGCCCAGCUAACUUACAAAUGCCUUGAAGCUGACCCGAAAAACCGGCCUUCGAUGAAGGAAGUCGUGGAGGCUCUCGAGGAGAUUGAAGCCCUGAAAUGCCGUUCGAUAGAGUCAAAGGAAGCCUCUCCUCAGCAUAGGCCUCGCCGCCAUGGCCAGGCUUCGAGUAACACUCGCUCACCGCUCGGACCAAUGAAGGAUUGAAUUUGUGCUGUUAUCCUUCUGCAGAGUGCAAGAUGAUGGCUUAGUGUAGUUGUAGCAUAGCUGAGUUUGUCUUUCAGAGUUAUAAAGUGAAGCUUUGCUUGGUUGUAUUUAUAUUGAAGAUUUAUGAAGCAUUGGAUUCAAAUUUGUACAUGGAGGCAUAUAACAUGGAAUUAAAUGUAGUAAAGAUGAUAGUUGUUAUGUCCAUAUCUCUGUAAAAUGGGGAUGUAGCCUCUUUCUUCUUCUGAAACUGUCUGAUCAUCCUUUCAGCAUGAUUGGAAAGAUUGUAAUCCUAUUUUUGAUAUUUUUCUCCUGAA